CCCUCCGUCCCCUUGGCUUUUGAGCUUAGCUACAUUCUUUCCACCGUACACCGAACUUUCUGAAGCAAGGCCAAGGCAUCGAUUGCUGCGACCUGCGUCCUCUCUUUCUCUUUUUUUCCAAGACCUUUCAUUCGUUCCAACCCUUGAAUUCAAGCUUUUUCCAAGCCGCCCGGUCGGUUUUAGUUAGGCACACACUCACUUACACGAACAACCCCACACACACACACACACCACCACACGCAAAAAUGAAGUUCACCUGGAGCAUCGCCAGCGCGGCUCUGCUGGCCACCCGCGCCCAGUGCGAGAUCCUCUGGGACGGCCGCUUCAACGACAUGACGGCGUCAACCGACCUUGACAAGUGGUCCUUCAGCAACGCCGUUGGCCCCUACCAGUACUACAUCCACGGCCCCGGCGAGACGACCGAGUACGUCAACCUGUCCGAGGACUUCAAGAACCCGGCCGACACGGCCUCCAAGCAGGGCGCCAAGAUCUCCCUGACCAGCACCGCCUUCUGGAACGGUCAGAACAUGCGCCGCACCGAGCUGAUCCCCCAGACCAAGGCCGCCAUCGCCAAGGGCAAGGUCUACUACCACUUCUCCCUGAAGCGCUCCGACACCAACGCCCCCUCCCUCAGCAAGGAGCACCAGAUCGCCUUCUUCGAGAGCCACUUCGUCGAGAUGAAGUCGGGCUGGCAGAGCGGCGCCACCGGCACCGAGGACCCCCUCCUGCGCUGGGUCGUCGGCGGCAAGACUGAGUGGAGCGUCAACUGGGAUGCCGACGUCUGGCACAACGUCGCCUACGAGAUCGACUUUGACGCCGGCUCCGUUGGCUUCUGGCACUCCACCGGCUCCGAGGCCUUGACCCAGGUCGUCGCCCCCGUCACCGCCGCCGCCUCCAGCAACGGUGCCGACUGGCACGUCGGUGUCCUCGAGCUCCCCAGGGACGGCUACCCCGACGAGACCGAGGACUUUUACUUCUCCGGCGUCUACAUCGAGGACGGCGAGCUCACCACCUCCGUCGGCUCUGGCGCUGCUGGCUCCGGCUCCGGCUCCGGCUCCGGCUCCCCCGCCCCUGUUUCCUCGGCUGCUCCUGCCGCCACCUCUGCUCCUGCUGCCGCCGCCCCUACCUCAACUGCUGCUCCUACCUCCACCGCCGCUCCCGUCUCUUCCGCGGCCCCCGUCUCCUCUGCUGCCCCCGUCGUCUCUGCCGCCCCCGUAGAGUCUGAGGCCCCCGUCGCGACCCCCGUGUCCUCCGCUGCCCCCGUCGUCUCCGAGGAGCCCUCCGCCCCCGCUGCCACCACCAGCUCUGCCCCCGCUGCCACUGCCAGCGCCAAGCCCGCUUGCCGUCGCCGCCGUCGCCGCAACCACCAGAAGCGCAACUAAGUGGCCUGGCC